AUGAAGGAGGCUGACGCCAUCAAGUUAUUUGUGGGGCAGAUUCCCGGAAUCUGGAGGAGAAGGACCUAAACCUAUCUUGAGCAAUUUGGAAAGAUCUAUGAGCUAACUGUGAUUAAAGACACAUACACUGGCAUGCACAAAGGAUGUGCGUUUCUGACAUACUGUGCAAGAGAGUCGGCACUGAAAGCCCAGAGCGCUCUUCAUGAGCAGAAAACACUACCAGGGAUGAAUCGGCCAAUCCAGGUGAAACCAGCUGACAGCGAGGGCAGAGGAGAGGACAGGAAGUUAUUUGUGGGCAUGUUGGGAAAGCAACAGAGUGACGAGGACGUCAGAAGGCUGUUCGAGCCCUUUGGCAGCAUAGACGAGUGUACUGUGUUGAGAGGACCCGAUGGCACCAGCAAAGGAUGCGCGUUUGUAAAAUUCCAAGGGCACGCUGAAGCUCAAGCUGCCAUCAACAGCUUGCACGGGAGUCGCACAAUGCCGGGGGCGUCAUCUAGUCUGGUGGUGAAGUUUGCGGACACAGAGAAGGAGCGAGGACUGAGGAGGAUGCAGCAGGUGGCCUCCCAACUGGGCAUCUUUAGCCCCAUGACCCUCAACUUCCCCGCCUACAAUGCCUACACGCAGGCGGUCAACGCACAGCUUGUCCAACAGCAGGCCCUGGUUGCCCAGUCAGCGUACUUGUCUCCAGUGGCAACAGUUGCUGCUGUACAGAUGCAGCAGAUGGCAGCGCUCAAUGCCAACGGAAUCAUCGCCACACCCAUUACACCCAUCACACCGUCCUCGGGGACAAACACUCCACCAACUAUUGCAGCAACGCCCGUGCCCGCUCUCCCUCCUCCAAUAGGUGUGAAUGGUUACAGCAGCGUGCCAGCUCCCACCAACGGACAGCAAACAGAGACAUUAUACUCCAACGGUGUCCACCCUUACCAAGCUCAAAGUCCUGCAGCCGCCUUGGAUCCUCUACAGCAGGCCUACGCAGGCAUGCAGCACUACACAGCGGCGUACCCUGCUGCCUACGGAUUGGUCGGGCAGCCGUUCCCCCAGCCAACACUGGUUGCCCAGCAACACCAGCCGCCCCAGCAACAGCAGCAACGAGAAGGUCCAGAGGGGUGUAACAUCUUCAUCUACCACCUGCCCCAGGAGUUCAGCGACUCUGAGAUGCUACAGAUGUUCCUGCCCUUUGGCAAUGUCAUCUCAGCUAAAGUGUUUGUGGACCGUGCCACCAACCAGAGUAAAUGCUUCGGAUUUGUGAGUUUUGACAACCCAGCCAGCGCUCAAGCCGCCAUCCAGGCCAUGAAUGGCUUCCAGAUCGGCAUGAAAAGACUGAAAGUGCAGCUCAAAAGGCCCAAAGAUGCUAACCGCCCCUACUGAGCGACUGCUGACUGGAGGAAGGACAAAUGAAGAGAGGUGACCGUUCAGAGUCCGGCCCGAGAAGGAAUCCCAGGGUUCAUUGUGCUUUCAGACUGUCUGCGACCCGUGAGCGUUCGAGGAGUGCCGCC